AUGUUUGAUGUGACUCAGAUUAGAAGUGAAGGUGAGAGGAAAGUAGUGGAAUAUAAUCAAGAUGGUGUACCCAUUGGAGAAAAUGGGGUGAAGCUAAACUCUUUUAUCGGAUCGUGUGUACAUUACCACAUCCCCAUUCACUAUCCAUCAUGGAUCGAUGUGUCUAUUGAAUUGAAGGACAAGAUCUAUACCAUAGUUGAGGCUGCAUUUAUAAUUGAUAGUAGAUCUAGAAAGAGCGUUCUUAAGACUGCAGGGACAACAUUCCGUCAAUACAAGCAUUGGUUGACGAAGAAGCAUAUCUUGCCGUUUAGAAAUAAAAAUAACCCUUUAGAAGAAGGUGAUCUUGAUCAAGCAAGCAUGUGCAAAAAGGCUCGUGAUGACAUCUCAAGGAUUUAUGUAGACAAAGAGCCAUCUCCAAAUGAUUUGGCACAAGCUUUGGGUACAAACGAGCACAGUGGACGUGUACGUGGAGUUGGUGGGUUUGUCACCCGAACUGCAUACUUCCAUACAUCAAAACACUCAAAGAAACAAAGUGAGAACAUUGAGAAACUUAGGGAAGAGAAUGAAAAACUUUGUUUGGGAGUUCAAGAAUUAGAGAGUAUUCACCUAACAACACAAUCUACACCAACGUAUGCACAUGCUUCUUGCUCUAGACCAAGAUUAGAGUAUGAUAUUCAGCCUAAAGAAAAACUGCAAGAGGAGAAAAUGAAUAUCACAACAAAGGAUGCUAUGGAGAGACUACUAAGAUUUGCUGAAAAAGUGAUGGACAAAGAUUCAAGCAUUCGUUACCAACUACCAAUCUCAUUGUUUGGUAUCGGUAGGAAGACUUUUGUUCUUCGCGAAGAUAUUAUUGAUUUAUGUAACAUGCGAGAAGUGAAUACUUUCACAUUGGUGGCAUACAUGACGUAUUUGCAUUCACAAGAUGUUUCAAAUUACAUCUUUGUGUUCCCAUCCCUUAUAUCGGUUGGUCACGACACACAAGAAGUUAGAGCUCGCAAUUUAUCUAGUAGAUUAAUGGCUUCAAAACCAAAUCAACUUGUUCUAGCUCCUUUUAAUCCCGGUGGUCAUUGGACACUUCUAACUAUUAACACAUACGAUGAGAUAGUUUAUUAUAUUGACUCACUUCGAACAUCAAGAGUAGAUAUUAGAUAUGUAACUGACACGGCUAUUACUAUCUUUCGCUCUCAGAAAAAUAUCCAAUCAAAUAGAAAAUGACCAAUAUGGAAAACAGUGAAGUGUCCUUUGCAAGUUGGAGUACUUGAAUGUGGGUACUAUGUGAUGAGAUACAUGAGAGAUAUAAUCAAUAAUGAGAGCAUAGUAGUCACAAAUUCGAUUGAUACAAGGAGUUAAUAUAGUCAAUUCGAGUUGGAUGAAGUGCACAUGGAGCUUGCUGAUUUUUUGGGUGGCCACAUUUGAUUUUAUGGUGAAUUAAAUAUAUUUUAGGUUAGAUAGACAAGUUUUGUUGAUGCUGGAUAUAUAUAGGUGUGAUAUUUUGUUGAUAUACUUGGAUAUAUCUUGGUGAAUUAGUUUAAUUGAUAUUUUGUUGAUACACCUAUAGUUAGGCUGCUAUUGUUAGAAAAGUUAGGCUAACUACAUGUAUAUAUAUAUGGUUCCAUUGAUAUUAUAUAUGUUAAAAUAUUAUUAAAAGUUCUUUGAUGGAAAAAGUUAGUUCAUUCAAUUGUUCAA